AUGACUGAGGGCUCGGCGGCCACGGCCGCGGCGGCCUCAGCUCCGGGGCUGAAGGCGGCGGGCGGGCGGGGGGGAGAGGGGGCGGGCGGCGGGGGGAAGGGGCGGGCGCGGCGGCGGCGGCGGCGGGCUUCCCCGCCUCCUCGCCUCGGUGCGCCCCGCGCUCGCUCGGCCGCUGCUCGCCCCGGCGCCCCGCCGCGCCGCGCCUCGGCCUCCCGCUCUGGCCGCGCCUCCUCCCGCCCUCCGGGGCCGGCGCUCUCCGCUUCCCCCUUUUCCUCCUGCGCCUCCGCCUCCUUCCACACAAAUACCAACUCCUCACCCCGAGCCCAGAUCUCGCCGCCGCCGCCGCCGCCACACUCCGCUCAGCCUUGGCCUCGCGAGACUUCCGUGCUGCCUCGGCCCGCCCCGCCGCCUCGUCCCUACUCGCCUGCUUGCCUGCUCGCUCCUCCUCCUGGGCCAAUCGAGCGGCCCGUGCGCCGCGGCGGCCCCGCCCACUCAGCCCGAGUUCCUCCCGGAUUGGGGGCCGCCGGGACGGCUCCCCCCUCCCCUCCCCCCACGCGCGCGCGCUGGCUGGCCGCUGCGCGUGACGUCAGCGCGCCGCCGCCGCCGCCGCCUUCGCCGCUAGUCGCGCGGCUCCCGCCCUCAGCGGUGCAACAGCAGCGAAGCCCGCCGCCCCGGGGGGCCCCGGGCCUCCCUCUGGAGCAGGGCGUCGACGCUGCAGCCGCCGCCGCCGCCUCGGGAGCCGGUCCCGUCCCGCCGUCUCACCGAAACCUCUGCCAACCAGCUGCACUACCUGCUCCAGCCCUCCUUUCCCCAGGCUCUCCGGAGGUUUUCUAACCUGCGGGUGGAACCGCAUCAUUCCAGUCGAAACUCAAGUUUGGAGCCACUCCGCCACCGGGCAUUUCAAACGCGCAGCCUCGUUUUCAUCCCGCCCGCCUCCCCCAGCUCCAGUGGUGCAGACGUCUGUUUUCAGGCUGGCCGUCCUCUGCCUGGGAGAUCCUUUCUCACGGCCUUCAACGUUCCUCCUCUUCCAAAGCAGCUCAGAUGACAUCUCUAAGAAGCAUGCCUUGGAAGGGCAUUUCCGUGGCAUUCCGCCCCAAUUGCUGUCAUCGUCCUCACCAUGAAAGUGACUUGUUAACCUUCCUGCUUGUCCACGAAGCUGUGCCUUCUUUGAGGGCAGGGACAGUUUCUCUUCUGCCUCCAGCCUCAGAGUGGACCAGGGUCAGCCCAACACAGGACACACCGUCGGCCCUAUCCGAGCAGAAACACCCAGAGUUGCUCCUCCCAGUGUCCUCCUCCACCCCCGCCACCUGUGGAAUACAGAAUAUUUACAUGCAUAUGUUUAACUGAAUCACUUUGCUGUGCACCUGAAAACUACCACCAUAUUGUUCAUCAGCUCUCCUCCAGUGUGAAGUAAAAAGCCUUCUAUAAAGUCCCAGCUCCUUGGCUGGGCUGAAAGGGAAAUAGGAAAAAAAAAAGAAAGAAGUUUCCUUGAGACAGACCCAGAUUUGAAUAUCGGUUCCACUAUUUAUCGGUUCAGUGAUCUCAGAUGCAGAGGCUACUGGAUGGGAAAGUCAAGCCCGACCACUUCUGGCUCCACCUAAAGUGGGUGCAGCCACGUUCAGCUGUGACUUCACGGUGUCAAGGGUUACCAGGACGCCUCCCUGUCUGUGUUCAGAGCUACCAACCAGCCGCUGCUUGCUUGCACGUGUGUGUAGCUCUUAAGUCGCCUUUCCCCAUCCUCUGUUCAGACUCUGUGUUUUUUAGGGUCACUUACCUAUUACAGACCAAAAGUAAUGGUUAAGUCUUCAUCUGAUCGGCUGUGUCCAUCAUAGGAGGCUAUGGAGAUGGGAGGCGUCUGGACUGUUAUCCAUUACGUUAUUGCGCCAGCUCGAUAUUAGCAGCCGACUCACGUAGCCUUUACAUAAACUGGGGUUGUGCAUCGGAAAUCCCUUCCAGAAACAGCUUCGAGGAGUACUUGAACAUGUGGCUGUAUGUCACACGAACAUACCUGUGCUCAUUUGUUUAGCAGAAGACAUCAGGUUCCCCUGGCGUCCACUCUGGUGUCGGCUGGCAACCACCCUCCUCCCAGACCCCGUGCCCUGUCCUUUCAGAGCCCCAGUAUUUUCCUUCAGGUAACAGAAAUCUGAUCUUUUGGGAUAAGAGGCGGUGGAACCACCUUAGCUCUGGGGUUAAGUCAUGGUCUGCUAAACAGUCUUACUUCCUAUAGCCAGUGAUGGGUCUGAGGCACUGGGGAGAGGGAGAAUGUGACCCAGGUCUGGCCAAUGAAAUGUCGGGGGAAGCUGUCAUUAGAGAGGCUCUUCUUCCCUGAUAGGAAGGUAAAGCCCCCAAGAGACAGCCCCUCUUCUUCCUUCCUGCCUAGAAACCAGCGUGAUGGCUGGGACUGUGUCUUUAUCUCAUGACUGUGAAGAAACGGCGAAGGGGAUUGCAGAGUCAGUGGUCAGGUGGGCUCAGUGGAGCCAUGAACCCAUAGCGCUCACUGGACUUCUUGUAUAAACCCUUGUCCUGGGGUGCAAGGACCUUGCAGGGGCCUGUUCCUGACCUGCUGCUGCCAAGGAGACUGUAAGUCAUUCCCUUGGGGAGCAAGAGACGGGGAAUGGGAUCAAAGGAGGUGUUACGUUCUGGCUGUCUAUAAUGUUAUCUCUUGGGGGAGGUGGGAGGAAUUGGGAGAUUGGGGUUGACAGGUAUAUACUAUUGAUAUAUUGAUACUAUGUACAAAAUAGAUAAGUAAUGAGAACCUACUAUAUGUGUUAUUUUUUUAGUGAUUUUAAGGUCCGUCCAUAUGGAGCCCAUGGAAUAUUAUUAAACCACAGAUUUUGUAUGUAUUGAUUUUUAAUUUUGUAGAUGCUUUUAAUAUGAAAAAUGCUAUGAUAUAAUAAUCAAAAAUGUAGCACCUUUAUGUACAUACUGUAAUCCAAACUUUUAGAAAAAGUGGAAAGUAAACAUGUCAAAACAGUGUCAUUUGCUUCUGGGAAUGAGGAUUUUGGCCCGUUUUUGUUGUGUUUUUUUUUAUAUUUGUGUGCAGUUAUCACAUAUGUAUUUUUACUUUUAGAUCUUUUUUUAUUGUGGUAAAAGGCACAAAAUUUACCGUCUUAACCGUU